AGUAGAGUCAAGUCAUACCAGUACCGGACACCGAGAGAGGUGGAAGCAAAACAGUGAGUUUCCAACUAUUCCGUCUUCGAGCCCGUCGUCACCUUCUGUGCCAGUGUGUAUAAAGGUUGACCACAUCGCUGUCGAAGGCUUGUUGAACCCUUAGAACAACCAAUAUACUUUCGGAAAGCCAACAAGACUACAAGUGUAACAAACAAUGAUGAAGUCGAUUUUCGUCGGAAUCGUAGCCAUUGCCGUCGCCGUCCUGUCCUUCUACCAGGAACCGGCCAUGGCCCAGCAAACUGGCGUUGAGCUGGAGCGCGAAUACGUGUGGGACGACCUGCACCGGAGCUGCGUGGACGCGCUGCACGGCCAGAUCAAGAAGGAGUUUGACGCGUCGAUCGUGUACCUCAAGUACGCCGCCUACUUUGCCCAGGAGAAGAUCAACCUGCCCGGCUUCGAGAAAUUCUUCUUCCACGCUGCCGGCGAGGAGCGCGAGCACGGCAUCAAGCUGAUCGAGUACGCCCUGAUGCGCGGAAAGGAACCGGUCAACAAGAACACCUUCCAGCUGGACUAUAGCUACAAGGUCCCGGCCGCCACCAGCGGAUUGUCCGCUCUGGAGGAUGCCCUGAAGAAGGAGCAGGAAGUCACGCUCAGCAUUCGUAACCUGAUCAAGACCUGCGAGGGAGACAAGAACGACUACCACCUGGUUGACUACCUGACCGGAGAGUACCUGGACGAGCAGCACAAGGGACAGCGCGAACUGGCCGAAAAGAUCGCCACCCUGCGAAAGAUGACCGGCAGCGACGACGCCCCGAAGGAGGGCAGGAAGCUGGCCGAGUUCCUGUUCGACAAGAACCACAUGUAAAUUCAAGACUCUCAAUAGGCGCGCCGGAGUGGCACUGAAUGGAUUCCGAAAUUCUUAUGUUUGUGCUAAAUCGAGAGAGAUUAACGUGAUAUAAAUAAGCUGAAAUAAAACCAACAUCUUGUAAAUUAAAGAAGCCACUCCGAUUAGACUCCGCUGAACCUUUUUCAUUUUGUGUUCUACAAAAACCAUUUCUCCUCGACUAAUUUCCUGUUGAUACUUAGUGGUGCCGCCGAACGUGUGCUCUCGGCUCAAGGGAAGAAUGUUUGGAAGAGCCCGAAGAUUGUCGUGAUAGUUCAAGACAGAAAAGUAAGCGUAAUCUUAUGUAAGAUAAUUCAGUACACACAGUCAAUAAAAUGUUUGAUUAGGAA